GGUUACUAUAGUGAGAUAAUAGUAAAUUUGUGGAUACUGUGAUUUUACUGCAAAUACCAUAGUUAUGGUUACUAUAGUAAAAACAUGGUUAAUUUUCCAAAGGGCUUUAAUGAGUUAACACAUGCCUUUUUAGAGCGCUUUUAGCUUGCAGUAGCGCGGACGUUUACAUUAGUUUAGCGGGGAAGAUCCCGAGGUUGCCAGAUGUGCGUAACAAGUAUCAGCCAAAUGUCCAUUCAAAGCUAGGCGGAAAACUGCGGGCUUAGAAAUACUGUAAGACUUGGCAACACAGGAAGGUCCUGGCAGAUCGCAGGUCGGAUUUUCGCAGAAAAAAAAAAAGAGUUAAGUGAAUCUGAAAAUGCACUCAUUGUAAAAACUGCUAAAUAUAACGACUUUCUACUUGGGGACCUUGAUAUAAAUGUAGUUGAGUAAAAAGUACGAUAUUUGUCUUUCAAAUGUAGUGAAGUUAAAGUCGCAAGUUUCCAGAAAAAAUAAUACUCGAGUAAAGUACAGAUACUCAAAAAGUGUACUUAAGUACAAUACUCAAGUAAAUUUACUUCGUUACUGUCCACCUCUGGGAAUAGUUAGUGAGCGAUUAAAAUAUAACAUUUAAAAUAAAGUACCUAUUCGUCGAUUUAAAGUAAUACCGAUGAUAUACAGUUUAAAAUAAAACGACAAAUGAAAAUUAAAUGACAGCCCUAAUGCAAUUUUAAAUCCCGCCACGCGCCACUGGCGCCAAUGACAGCAAACAUCUACGUCAGGAUGAGCUAUGACUGAUUCGUGAACGGAUUGUUCUGUUGAGUCGGAUCUUUCCAAUGAAUCGGUUGAGCUGGAGCUGAAUGAUUUAAAUCAUUUAGUAGAUUUAGCAUAGGAUAAAUUAUAUUACAAAAAGGACCCUUAUAAAUAAAGCAAACAAAAUGCCUACAUGUAGCUUUAGAGCUUAAUGGGACCGCGUAAUGACAUUAAUAGGUUUUGACCAAAAGAAUCGCUGUGAUGUUUUUGAACCGUUCAAAAGAACCGAUUUGUGAAAUUGAAUCGGACCAACCAGCCAUGCGUAACAUACUAACUUCCGGCUAAUCAAGUACAGUACAGAAAUAUCGCUGUCAGUGCUUUCACCCCAAAGUAGCAAAUAUUAGGCGCCUAUUUGAAAACUGAAUAGGUGCGUGACAGAUUGUGAUUGACUCUGGGCGCAAAAGGAUGAACAUCAUAUAACCUCACGACGCUGUUAACGGCAUCUUUAUAGCUGCACCAAUGCUCGCUUUUGGUUUAACGAUAGUCCGACAUGGUGAGACGCAGUGCAACAAAGAUGGCCUUUUACAAGGUCAGAAAAUAGACUCUCCGCUUUCUGAAAUUGGGAUUCAGCAGUCUGAGGCUGCUAGUCAGUACCUCAGGGAUGUAAAAUUCACUAAUGUGUUUGUCAGUGACAUGAAACGUGCCAAGCAGACUGCAGAGAUCAUUGUGAGGAAGAACAGAACCUGUCAUGAUAUAGAACUAGUAGCAGAUCCAUCACUUAAAGAGAGAAGUUUUGGUAUAGCUGAGGGAGGUCGAGUCAUAGAAAUGAAAAAUAUGGCUAAAGCAGCCAGACAGCCUUUACCAGAGUUCACUCCACCUGAGGGAGAGACCAUGGAGCAGGUAAAAGUGCGAAUCAAGGAUUUUCUCAAGGCUAUGUUCCAGCGAAUAGCUAAUGAACAUCAAGACAAAAUACGAGAUGGUGAAACAUCCCUACCAGAUGAAACCGAUAGGGCUCCAGCAGGACUUCCAGAUGAUGGAGUCUUGAAUGUGCCUGUCCAUGCCUUGGUGGUUGGCCACGGGGCUUAUAUGAGCAUAGCUAUGAAGUAUUUCUUUGAGGACCUGAAGUGCCCCAUGCCCCGUGGUUUAGACCCUUCUCAGAGGUAUUCCAUCUGCCCCAACACCGGAAUGUGCCGAUUUCUUAUCACUUUGAAAUGUAGUAAUGCGGAUCCUGCACUUUCAGACGUGAAAUGUGUGUUCAUCAACAGAAGAGAUCACAUCAAGACUUAGAAUUACAUUAAGAACAACAGUUUUAAAAUUUAAAAGGUAAAAUGUAAGAAAUCAACAAAAUGUUUACAUGUUUUAUGCAAAAACUAAGUCAUUCUGUGUUCAAGCACUUUAACCAGAUUACAGAACUUCAAAACAUCAACUUUUGGAAAGACAAUAUUUAAAAAAACAUCUGAAGGAUUUCAGUUUUAUAUAUAUAUAUAUAUAUAUAUAUAUAUAUAUAUAUAUAAUUUAUGAGUCCUAUAUUAUAUAAUUUUAUAUGUGUGCUUACCAUUUAGACACUGGCAGUAUUAAACAUUGACUUAAAACUAUUUAAUAUUCUGUAAUAUUGUUUGUCUAAGUUAUUGAUUUCAUUUUAAAUGCUUUAAAAGUAAAAUUUUAACUAAAUAAAUGUAUCCUCCAUCUAUGUUCUUGUAUUUUUCCCCCCUCAUUUGAAUCACUGCAGUUUCUCUAAUAUUAUGCAAUGUUUUUAUAUAUAUGCUUUUGUGCCUCAUAUUUGAAUAAUAGUUGCAGAGUGUCCUGACAUGUACUUCAACAGCACAGAACAGUCAAUAUUGAAGAUAUUCAGCUACUUUGACCUCAUUUUAAGGUGUUUGUUGAGAGAACGUUUGAAUUCAUUUAUUUCUGCAAACUCAUUCACCCAAAUUGUAUCCAUGAACAAUCUGUUGAUGAAAGAAAGGAUCUAUUGUUGGUUGCAUACAUAAUCACUAAAAACAAACGUCAACAAAUCCAACUGAUAUCACUCCAAUGCAAAUGGCAACAUCAGUUUUAAAUAGAUCGUCAGUAUCUUUAUCUUGCUAUUUGCUGUCAUAGUACUCGAUUCUAAUCAUUAUCAUCAAGCAUUAAUAAAAAAAAUCAGAUUUUAAAAAAACUAAAACAUUACAUCACAACAACAAUUUAAUCAUGUAAUACAUCUAUUACGGUUUUCAUAGAGCCUAAAUUUAAAAGAUUUAUGGGAAACUCAUUAAGUAGGACGGGAAGCUAAGAAAAAGUAUUUUACAAUCCUUUUAUUGUUUAAAUUCAUUCAUUAUAUUUUUAUCACUUUUAUAUAUAUAUAUAUAUAUAUUAUGCAUUAUACAUUUUAAACAGUAUGAAAACUGGUAAUUACUUCCAUAAUAAUUCUUGAAAAGAUUAGUUAAUAGAACUAAAAAAUGCAAUUUAAAAGUUUGCAUUUGAUACAUUUCUGAGGUAAUAAUUUAAUUAAAGACAUCAAUAUAAAAUAUAAUAAAUAAAAAUAUAUCAGUACUUUUUAAUAAAUAAUUCAGCAGCGGUGGCCAGCACCAUUUCAUACAUAUUAGAAUCUAUGACAUUUCUACUUGGUAUUUCAUGAUAUUACUACAUCAAUCAAUUAAGAAGAUUCUUGCAGAGUUCUUAUGAAAACAAUGUCAUUGGCGCAGCAUUGCAAGGUAGUUUAAAUUUUAACUGACUUGAAAAGGUGAAAGGACUGACAAGCAGUGACCUAAACUAACCUCAACACUACACUGAGGUCCUGAGAUUGCAUCAUAAUACAGUUCUUGUUGAUAUGGUUCCUGGGUGGUUCACAGAUGGUUUUCUUUGGUGCAAGGCUUAUAAAAUCAUUAAUGAACUUUUAUUUUUAGGAGGCCAGUAAUUUGUUCAGAAUGGAUCCGAUGGUGCAACUUGCUUGUGUUUCUUCUGUUUUUGUAAAUUUGGACUGACAGGGCUCUUGGAGAGCAGUACAUGUAAAGGGUCGUCAUAGGAAGUGAUGGUUUCUUUAGAAACAUUACUGCUGCACUCGGGCUCAUGCUCUCGAUUUGGUCUUCGAUAAUUAGCAGUCCUUGACCUCGGAUUCUCAGAUCCCAAGGGAUCAGAUGGGUCAAUAUACUGGCUUCUUCUCUGUCUGCGAUGUGUUUUAUAGUUGUUUGACUGCAGAGAAUGAUGUAAUUCUGCACUAUAAGCUUCGGUGUGGCUUUUACCUCCAACAUGCUUGAUCAUUGCAUCACUCCUCCAUGGACACAAAUCAUGAUGGGAAUUCUUUGCAUGAAUUGUUUUAAAGCAGUCCUUAUUAAUGCCAUCAA